CUGCUUGGUUUCUUCUCCUCUCCUGUGCGCGAAAGAGAUGCGGUCCCUCCAGGCCUCCUCGCUCGUGCUGGCGCUGCUUGCCUCGGCGGCAGGUGAGCCACACACUCGCACACACACACGCCCUGCUGUUUUUCUGCCUCUUUUUUCUCCUCUCUACACCGCAGCACAUCAGAUCACUUCACACACGUGUCUCUCCGUGUCGGUGGUGUGUGUGGUCAGUGCUGCCCUUCGCCGAGGCGACGGACGCGUCCUCGUCAGUGGACGCCUUCUGGCGCUUCCUGCAGGGCACGACAAAUCAAGGGAGAGGCGGCGGCCGCCCCGACCCCGACAAGUGCUCGCCCUGUGACCCGUGUGACUGUGAGGACGAGAAGACGGACAUGCCGACGUCGACGGAGGAGCCGACGACGACGUCUACCGAGAAACCGCCCGGGUACUGCGGCGAUAAGGAGAUUUACAUGAUGGGGCGGUGCUGGCCUUACGACCCGAAGAUGGAGGUCAGCAAAGCAGGCAGGCAGUCGGUGUCCACCCAAUUACGCACGCACCCAGCCAGCCACUUUGUUUUGUGUGUUGUCACUGUGGUGUUGGGUGCAGCUGUCGGAGCCACAGAAGGAGGGUAUUGACGCAAUCAUUGGUGGAAACAUUGUUGCGGGCCUCAUCAACCUCGGAGACAUUUUUGUUUUCAACAUCGAAAUCAGGGUGUGCCGUGGCGAACCGAACCGAGCGACUCUCUGUUCUCUUGUCAUUUCGCGCGUCUGCCUGUACGUGUCGUGUGCGCAGGAGCCGGUUUUCAACCUUAUCCUGAAGAACUCUUUCGAAUACGCUGCCAAGCGCGGUCGGGGCGGCCGUGAUGACGAUCUUUGGGGAAACCGCAAUGGAGGGAACAGCAGUACGUUGAUGGUCACGGGGGUUCUCUCUCUCUCUCUCUCUGUGUGUGUGUGUGUGUGUGUGUGCAGGUCUGCCUAAUGCUCCCCAGCUGCCCGCCGGCCAGGAGGACCCUCUUGAUGGUGGCUACACCGAUCCCAAGGAGGAGUGCUGUGCGUGUCCCGCCAAUGAGACGUCGGGCGACUACGAUGGGGUGUCUGAGGACGAGAACGAUAUCACCGACACCACAGUCAACAAGGGCGGGUCUGUCCCCAAUGCGUACGCCACAUCCACACUCAGAUCCGUCUGUCAACACGUGCAUCUCUGCGUGUGCGCUGUCUGGUGUUGGUGUGUCUUUCUGUGUGUGUUUGCGCAGCCCGGAAGAGCCGAAAGAGCCGAAAGGCAAGCGACACCACACACACUCCCACACACACGCGCCACACAUUCAUCCAUCCACCCCCCUCCCUCCCCCUGUGUGUGUGUGCAGACGACUACGAUGCCGAUGACGACACAGGCGUGGUCGACUCGGGUGUGGUGAUCAUCAACGAAAAGGGCAACGCCAUCAUCAACCGGAACUCUAGAAAGACCAAGACACUCAAGAAGGAAGACCGCGUGUGAAUGCUCUGCUCUGAUGAGAUGAGACACAGAAGAUGCAGAGAGGGGGGCAGACAGGAGAACCUCACUUCACACGCACUUUUGUAUUUGCGCCUUACACACUCACACGCAAAGAGAGAGGGCGGGAGUCAUGGGAAAGAGGCGACACACACAGCACCAUCACUACCACACCCACUUCUCACACGGUCAGCCAGGUGCCUUUCUAGCCCAAAUAUUUGUUUCUGUGUGAGCGCAUCGCAUCAUCGUUUUUGUUUGGUGGGUGGGGUCGUUUUUCUUUUGUGUACACAUUCGUCUAGAGACACGGUUCUGUACACACGUUUGUGAGUGGGUGGAUGGUGGGUGGGUCGGUCCGGUCUGUACGCACAUGUGUGUAAGUAAUUCUAUCUCUGUACUUCUUCACACGCAUGUGUAGGGUGGUGGUGGUGGGCAUGGAGGGUGAGUGGUGUAGCCACCGAUCUGUCUGUCUGCUGUGAGGGCGAAAGCUGCCCUGCUCUCUGCCUGCCUGUCUUACUCGCCGUAUUUGCCUUACUCGCCGCUGUUGAUAUUACCGCCCUUAUUGCCAUAUGCCAUUCAUUCGAUGAAGAGGAUAGGAACUUGUGUGUGCCAUGCACAUGUGUGGAUGUAACGUGAGGGCUGUACGGACCUAUGACAGAUAGCGUUCUUUGCAUUGGAUUGAUGUACCGCGCUGAGAGAUAGGGAUGGAUUCGUAGCUCGUCUCUACUACUCUCGAGCUCGUCCAGCCACACGGACAGACAGGAAGAGGAAAUGGCGUUCGUCGCCCCACACCUAGUGCGAUGGUUCGUGUGUGUGUGUUUGAGUGGGUGCUGUGCUGUGCGUGAUGCGAUGCUGUAGUGAAAAGUGGCAAUCAAAUGAAUGAAUGAGACAGAUGGAUGGAUGGAACUACUACAUACGAGACGCCCUGUAUAUGUCGUGUGUGUGUAUGCGAUGCAGUCUAAUCGAUUGAGAGUGCCAAAUGGAUAUAUAUAUGAGUCUGGCCACACACCACACCACACACGCACAUGCACACAUGUGCAACACAACCAUCCAUCCAUCGUGUCGUGUGAUGCAGCAGCAACAAACAGAAAAACACCCGCCCUCAGCCAGCCCGUCCGGCUCGAG